AUGUCGAAUGAAAGAGAAAUUCCCUAUGAUGUGAAACGAGAAGCUUUAUGCUUCCGAGAAGCCAUGGUAAUUUAUUCAAAGAAUGAAUCUAUAAGGAACACGAAGCCAAUAGGCAGUUAUUGCAUUCUGGUAGAGUCCAUCGGGCCUCAGGCUCGCGAAUUUUUAGUGCACGUGCAAUCUUCGAUGUCCAUUGAUGGUCAUUUCGGUGGGUCAAAAAUAAUCAGCACGAUAACGUCGAAAUUCCACUGUCUAGAGGAGAAGAGAACAGAAUUUGUAUACGAUGAUGGACUGCACGAAAAAGGAAUUUUUAUAGGCAUCGAGGACAACUUUUACCAUGUAAAAUUAACAAGCACUUGCCCAUGCGAUAAAUCUAUCCAAACAAAAGAUUUGUCCUUUUGUGCUAACAGCAAACUAAUAAGCGAAGGUGUAAAUAUAUUACUUAUGCGAUAUUUGUCCCUUAUAAAUUAUGAAGGAACAUUAUCUUUCGAGAGCAUUACCAUAGAUGGAGAUCUUACAGAAUCUAAUUAUAGAGAAGAUGGAGCUAUUCAUACUAUAAAAACUUAUUUAACAUCGGAAGGUAGAAUACUUAGACAUAAUUGGCUCGAUGCGGCGUAUCUUUUGAAGAUUAACCCAUUAGCCGAUCCAAAGGUCCCGAGUAAAACAAUAAGAAUAGAAACACCAUUAAAAGAUCGUUGGAAAGAAGAUAUUGAAAUGUUCUCCAAAUAUUUGGAUAUGAAAUCUUCCAAAAUAGCUGAAAAUACAGAAUAUUUAGAUGACCAUCCAGAAAUAAAACAAACAAUCUCGGAUUACGUUCAGACACUGCUAGUUGUAAAACCUCAAAACGUGAUAGACUUUACGAUACAACAUUUCAAAGUGUUUGCAAAAGACCCAAUAAUCUGGGAGACCAGUACAUUGACAGAAGAUAGUGACACUGAUGUAAAACCGCAGCUGGCAGAAACAGAGACAGGUGUUCUAUGUAGCAUCUGUGGAUUCUAUAUAGAGUGCACCGCGCAAGACGAAAUUUCCUCGACAUCUUCUACGGAGGAGUAUCAUAAGACGAAGAGUUUUGACAAUUCUACAAUAUCUAAUUCCUCGGAAGUUGAAGCUGAUACUGUAUUAAACAUUCAAAAAAAAAAUGAUACGACUAGUUGGACAAGUAGUGUGCUUGAUGUUUCUCUGCAAUUAAAGAGAAUUUGUGAUGAAUGUAACAGCAUUAUAAAAGUCUGUGACAAGCAUAAGUCUUAUUCGAAAUGUCCCGGAUGCCUUAAAGUAUUCAAGAAAUGUACAAAAUGUUUCACCAUUGAUGAGAUAUUAAGAAAAUUAAAAUAA